CGCGCGUGCGCGUUGGCCCGGCCGCGCAGGGCCGCGCACAUGGCGGCGCUGGGCGAGGUGCGGGCGGCGGAGCGGCGGCUGGGCGGGCGGCUGCACCGCACGCCGCUGCUCACCAGCCGGGGCCUGGAUGGCCUGGCCGGCCGGAGGCUGCUCUUCAAGUGCGAGCUCUUCCAGAGGACCGGCUCCUUCAAGAUCCGUGGCGCCCUCAAUGCGGUCAGGAGCCUGGUCGAGGAAAGCCAGCAGACUGGAAAGGGGCUGCCCCGGGCUGUCGUGACGCACAGCAGUGGAAAUCACGGCCAGGCGCUCGCUUGUGCAGCUCAGGAAGAAGGGAUUCCUGCCUACGUCGUGGUGCCCCGGACAGCCCCGCGCUGUAAGCAAGAUGCCAUCCGUGCCUACGGUGCCACGCUGGUGCCCUGUGAGCCCAGUGACAAGUCCAGAGCCGAGACAGCAGCUCGCAUAGUCCAGGAGACAGGAGGAGUCAUGGUGCACCCCAACCAGGAGCCGGCGGUGAUCGCGGGGCAAGGCACCAUCGCCCUGGAGGUCCUGGAGCAGGCACCCGAGGUAAACGCAGUGGUGGUUCCCGUCGGAGGAGGAGGAAUGAUUGCAGGAAUAGCAGUUGCCGUCAAGGCUUUGAGACCAGACGUGAAAGUGUUCGCUGCCGAGCCGUGCAAUGCAGACGACUGUUACCAGUCCAAGGUAAGAGGGGAACUGACCCCCAACCUUCACCCGCCGGACACCAUCGCAGACGCAGUUAAAACCAGCAUCGGACCAAACACGUGGCCCAUCAUCAGGGAUUUGGUUGAUGACGUCCUGACAGUCUCGGAGGAAGAAAUCAAGCGAGCAACGCGGCUGGUGUGGGAAAGGAUGAAGCUGCUGAUCGAGCCAACAGCGGGUGUGGGAGUGGCGGCCGUGCUCUCGGAGCGGUUCCAGGCAGUCCCCCGGGACGUGGAGAACGUUUGCAUCGUGCUGUGCGGGGGAAACGUGGACCUGAGCUCCCUGACCUGGCUCACAGACCUCCCUGGGAAAGCAGAAUGAGAACGGAGCCACGUCUCAAGUGGCGGAAACCUCACUCUGAAUUUUUACAGUCUGGUUUGUGCGCUACUAAAAACAGAUAA